AUGGACCGCGACCCGACGGAGGUUGACGAGCGAGAUCCAUGCACCACAACCUUGCUGCAGCACAUGAUCGCCGGCUCCUUCGCCGGCGUCUCAGAGCACUCUCUGAUGUUUCCUGUCGACACAGUGAAGACGAUGGUCCAGGCCGGAGGUGGGCGGGGCGCGAGGCCGGGCGAGCCAUUCGCGGCGGGCGGAACCAGUGCCCGCAUGGCCGUCGUCCGUGAGCUGGUCGCAAAGAAUGGUCUCGGCGUGCUGUGGCGCGGCGUCGGCGUUGUCCCAGUCGGAUGCAUCCCGGCGCACGCGAUGAUGUUCUCCGUUUACGAGAUUAUCCUGGAGGCGGGCGGCUCGCGGCAGCAGGCUGCUACACCAGAGCGGGUGGCCGCUGUCGGCGCUGCGGCCGGCGGCGUCGCCACCUUGUUCCAUGAUGCCGUCAUGGUGCCCACCGAGACGGUCAAGCAGCGGCUGCAGCUUGGAUACUACCGCAAUGCGCAGCACUGCCUGGAGCGGAUCGUGGCCAAGGGUGGCACUAGCCUGUUCCGCAGCAUGCCCACGACGCUCGCGAUGAACGUGCCGUACAACUCCCUCAUGAUGAUGUGCAACGAGUCGCUGCGAAAGUGGCUCAACCCGAGCGGGGACUUCAACUUCUACCUCUUCUCUGGCUGCGUCUCGGGCGCACUUGCGGCGGGCGUGACAACCCCGCUCGACGUCGUCAAGACGGCGCUACAGACUCAAGGCCUGCGCCCGCCCACUGCGGAGAGCGGCUACUCGCGCGACGUGCCAAAGCACUUUGAGGUGCGCUUCCGGGGCGCCGGCGACGCCAUCCGCGCGAUCUGGCGCGCGAACGGGCUGCGCGGCUUCCUCUGGGGCAUGCGCCCUCGGAUGCUUCAAGUCGGCCCGUCGUGCGCGAUCUCCUGGUGCGCGUACGAGUCGAUGAAGCACACGCUGGACAAGUUCGGCGUCGGGCGGGCUGGCGCUGGGUGA